CAAAACAAGGACCGCACACGUCAACUCCACCUCCACCAACCAAGAAUGAUGAGGUGACUAACAAUUCUUCGUACGAAAGGGAUAUCAGUUCACCUCCCGGUAUCUCCGGAAAAUUACCAGUCCCAGUUCCUCCUCAUCCACAAUAUCGCCAACAUCGAAGCCUCUCUUUCUCUGGCGGACAACAUGACACCGAUUUGUUUGGCUAUGCCCCCAGCACAAGUCGCCGAGACAGUGAGGGAGGAUUGCGCUUUGCGUACCGUCACUCACUGCCGGUGGUGGAAGAGGAAACAGAUGACUUGUCACAGUUUAAUAUGAAAUUUCGAGCUCGAUCUAAAUCUUCUGCUGCUGCUUACGGAGCUAUUUCGGGUUAUCAAGACCUUCCCGGUGAUGAUAUGAGUGAAUAUAGGAGAGAUUCCGAACAAUAUUCAGAUUCUGGUUCGAUUUGGAACAAUCAAGGAUCCCAGAAUGACGGACCCAUUCUUCACCACCGACGUUCGAUGCCUGGUACUUCCGACUACGGAAUGUGGGAUAACCUGAAUGCGUCCAGACAACCUGCAUCGUCAUCUUCGUACUUGUCAGUGAUGUCCGGUCUGUCAAAUAAUGAUCGACUGGAAAAGAUAAGACAAAGACGUUUCUCCCUCUCACAAGUACCCACGUACGGACACGAAUAUCCUUCGUAUAUGGAUGGCAACCAAGACUUACGAAUGUUAAACCAUCGUACCACAGCAAUUGAUCCAUCAUUUGCUCACCUUGUGCAAAGACGUCAUUCCGUGGCGGGACCUUCAAUUUCUUUCUCAGCCAAUCAGCAAACUAGAUAUUUAUCUGAUACAUUGGAAUCUCUUCAUCUAAGCAACGUGCCUCAGGCAACGUAUACCAACGACACCGGAUAUCCCAGCAUUCCAGAGGACAUUGAUGAUUACUUCGAUAACGACGAACAUCGUACACGAGCAUGGAAUGAACUCGGAAAAGGAUUACCUCUUCACGCUGUUCCUAAACAUGGACCAUUGUUUCUUGUUGAGUUUAAAGCGGGACGUACCGAUCUAUUCUAUGUUGCUGAGAAUAGUGGUAACAUGGUUAAAAAAGGAGAUCUCGUUAUCGUUGAGGCAGAUCGAGGCAAAGACUUGGGAAAAAUAACAAACGAUUCCAUCCUACCUCAUCAAGUACAGAUGUUACAACAACAGCAAGCUGACGCAAUGAGCGAUGGUCAUCGUAUGAAUAAAGAAAUUCAUCCAAAACGGAUUUAUCGAUUGGCUCAACCAGCUGAGAUUACGAUGCUAGUCUCAAAGAGCCAGGACGAAGCGAAAGCCAUGCUGGUUUGUCAGACCAAAGUUCGUCAAAAGAAAUUACCGAUGGAGGUAGUUGACGCUGAAUAUCAGUGGGAUCGCCGCAAGCUUACUUUCUACUUUAUCGCCGAGCGUCGUAUUGAUUUUCGCGAAUUG